AUGGACAGAGUUGGGGUGGACGCGGUGGACAUGGCGGAGGUCAGAGGGGACGUGGCAGAGGACAGGGAAACCGAGGUCGAGGAGGAAAUCAUGCAGAAAGUGGACGAGCGCCGUCAUAUCCUCCCCCGACAGGUUUCAACUACGCGCAACCAAUGUACGGCGGAUAUCCCCAACCUCUUCCUACAGCACCUUAUAUGCCUCCCCAACCCUACCAUCAUGGACAAACGCCGGCCUUUCAACAUCCUCAAAAUCCACCUCCAUUUCCAUCUCAACAAUAUCCCCAGUCGGUAG